AGCCGCCGCGAUCUUGUUUUCUGAUCUCACCCACCCCGGCCAACACGGAUUUGUUUCCGCGAACCUUCACCCCCUUGAGUUGCAUCGCUGUUCACCACGACGGCGACGACGGCGACGACGAGCUCGCCGGCCCACCAGGACUUAGACCGGUCGCCACCGCCCCUUCAGGGUCAGCACAGCUCCGACGGACUACCGUGCCGACCGCUGCUUGGCUUGACUGGAUACGAUUACGACGACAGACCAGUGUCGCCGACAGACUGCGACUAGCAGGGUACAGGGAACGAGCGAGCGAGGUACUGGCGAGGGCGGGCCAGCAACGGAGACCAGAACUUGGAGAGACACUGCUCGGCCGCGCGCCACCGCGUCAUGCUGGCCCACAUCCCAUUCCCCAUUCUCCCGGCGCCGCCGUCAUGGUUUCCGGGCCACAUGCUGCAGUUCCAGCGCAACCUGCCGCACCUGCUCACGCGCACGGACGUCGUGCUCGAGCUGCGCGACGCGCGCUUGCCGCUCACGAGCAUCAACCGGAAGUUUGAGGGAGCUCUACAGACUUGGCGUCGUGAACGUGGUGCAAUCCCCACGCCACCGCCUGCGAAUGACGCUGGUCCUUCUGCCCUCCCAAUGACUCCCCGCGCUACCGGCAGUGGCUUGGUAUGCGAGCGAAUAGUGGUCUUCAAUAAGCGUGACCUGGUUCCCGAAUGGGGCAUCAAGCCAUUCGAAAGGGCCAUGGCCGCUAAAUAUCCCGACCAGAGGGUCUUCUUUGCCUCUUGGAAUAAGACGCGCGACAUCAAGGCGCUGAACGAGCUGCUUGUCGGCGUCGCGAAACACAAUCCGCACGCGCCCGAAAUGAAUGUACUCGUCGUCGGCAUGCCUAACGUCGGGAAAUCGACGCUGCUGAACGCCCUCCGGAAUAUCGGGAUCGCUGGCCGUGAGCAAUUUUUUGUCCGAUCGAGGUCUGUCCCCUCGGCCGCUAACUCCGUCGGCACUGCGCACUGGGGCACAUCCUGGAUCACUCGCGCGAUCUCUACACGCCUGAAGCUCUCCAUCGACCCGCUCGUGUAUGCAUGGGACACGCCCGGCGUGAUGUUGCCGUUUCUAGGCAAUGGCGACAGCGGUGCGGAACGCGGGGUCAAACUCGCGCUCAUAGCUGGUAUUAAGGAGGGCUUAUAUGACAUCGACGCGCUAGCUUCCUACCUACUCUACCGACUCAAUGUCCUCGAUCCUGUCUCCCCCGCGUACUUGCAGAUCCUCCCGCCAGGAACACAGCCGCUAACGGACGUCUACGAGUUCCUCGACCUGCUCGCAAAACGGCUGGGCAUGCUCCGGCGAGGCGGCAUACGCGACACCGCCCGUGCGGCCGUGUGGUUCGUGCAAUGGUGGCGCGGCGAAGGCGGGCUUGCCGCUGCCGCCUCACCGCGUGCAGCCGCCAGAGGCUGGGGCUUCGAUUUUCAGUGGGACCUUGCGGACCCGCCGGACUCCGACCCAUCGGCCGGCGCGGUGGCGCCUCCCGAUGCGACUGGGGCGGGGUCGGAGAAGAGCCAGGAACGGCACGACGAGGCGGUGAUACAGGCGCAAAUGGAGGCGUGCAUCGACCGAUUUGAACGGGGGAUUGACGAGGAGGAAGUCGGCGGGGCUAAUGUUAGCAAGACGCAGGAAAAGAAGAAGGUACGGCAGGACCUGCUUGCGAGACGCAAGGCGAAGGCGGAUAGGAAGUGGGCGAAAAAGGUGGCCGGCGUAUAGGUACGCACUGGCUGCGGUACAUUAUUACAUUGAUGAUUUCUGUUGCCUAUCAGUCUCUUCGACUGCUGCGACCAAGAUCACACGAACACCCACUCGUCCUUGUGCUCAUCUCCCAUUCAGCCCGUCAUAUACGCACGGAAGUUCCGCCUGGUGCGGCACGCAACAUAUCGGGGCCCAGGAACUCAUCUGGAAAAGGCCAGAUCUACAUCGACUAUUUCUAUUUGGGCUUGCCAGGCCACCUUCCCAGUCAGUGCUCCUGCAAUCCAUGACCUGACCUAACUGUGGCGGAGGAUAUUUGGUACGCCGGUGGAGAUUUUACCAUUCACGGUACCAACGGAGAAGAGCAGCGUUUGGUUCGAUUUCGAUCUCUGGGAUCAUUCGCCUGUCAUUUAAUCGCUGCGCUUACCAACC